UAAUCACUGUCAGCGAAGACACAUAGGAUGGAGAAGCCUUUACUAUGGAUUAACGUUUUAGUUUUUGUUGCUGUUUUUUUUUAAUCUGAGAAUUUGCUAUAUUUUCAAGUCGGUGAUAUUUGGUUAGAAGGCAAUGUCAACUUGAAAUUGGCAAAGAAAAAAAGAUUCUGCAUUGAACAUCAAAUGAAGAUCUUCAACCUACAGAGCUCUGUUAUCUUAACUACGACAAAUUGAGUUUUUGGGCAAAAGCUUUUGGCUUUUAUUUUUUAUACUAUUUCUUGUUACUCUUAAAGCUUAUUUAUUACCCUUCACCAGGUUACUUUUGCAACCCAUAAACUAUACCCUGUUUACACCCUAUUUACAAAAACGAAACCGUGCUAAAACCAUCUGAGCAACAACCAGCAUCCUAUUGUUGAUUUCUAAUCAGUGAUCAGUUCAACAACUAGUCGACACUUUUUUCAUCCUUUAAAAAUAACAUUUCUGACUUUGUAUUUCUGGGGCCUGGUAUAUUUGUGCGAACUUCAAGGUAUCUUUUGGGACCUACAGCAGAUGUGGCUUAACUUAAACUUUUCUUGACCAGAAGACAUGAUAAACAGCAAUAAGAAAUUAAAUACCCAAAAUGGAGCAACAAAUGCUAUCGCAAGCAACAAUGUCCAUAAACAGGCCAAUACCCUGGCUCUCCUUCCUCGACUAGAUGCCCCAAAUAGCUUUACAUUGUUCUUGGAAAGUUGUGUGCCCCCUGUUGCAAAUUCCCUGAGCCAUUUUGGGAGUUUGCCACUCUUAGGCCCUGUCUCCCUCCAGUUGGCACAGAUAAAGACUCAGUUGGCACUCAACCAGCUGAAUGCAAUUGCUGGCCGAAGCAUCACUCCCCCUGCAAUUGCUUCACCUGCCUUGACCUUGCUCAACUUUCUUAAGGUCACCAUGUCACAUCCAAUAUAUAAUCCCCUUGGGGGGACGUUCCCUAAUGGCCAGAGACCCAUCAUGCCUGGACAGUAUGGGUCUCUGGGGUCACAGCCUGGACUGGAGUUGGGGGCAGCCCGUCUUGGCCCAGGUUCCAUGUCCACUUCUCGUGGGGGAUUGAUGAUUAACCAGCAGAUGCCCUUCUCAUUGGGACAGCAUCAGUCGCAGAUUUCCCAAGACCUUAAUGCCACAAUAGACCAGAACAUUAGGGGAGCCCGUGAGGAAGUUCGCCGUCUUACGCAAAUACUACAGCAACCCAAAACAGCAGACACCCGCUUGAGAAAGGACACAAGGGAUGAAGGGCAUUCCUCAGGAGGGAGUGGUUACCCAGGGACUGGUGGUGCCUCGAGAUCCGAUAAGACGGACUGGUCUUUGUACCAGGUCCCCAACCAGCCCUUUGCCUCUUCUAGCUUGGAUCGUACUUCCAGUUCCACACAGGUGUUCCAGUCUUUGGGUUUUGGUGGCAGUGGAGCAUCUAGCAGUUUGGACAGCCAACCUCCACCAGAAAAACGACCUUCACGCUACACCUCAGAAAGUGCCAGCAACAUCCUCGCCAGCUUUGGACUCUCAAAUGAGGACCUAGAGCUACUAAGCCACUAUCCAGAUGAUCAACUGACACCUGACAACCUCCCAUUUAUUUUACGAGACAUCCGUAUGCGCAAGUCGAAGAGAAACAUCUCUGAUAUUGAUGCAAGAUCCAAACUCAUGGACUCUGACCCACGGCACGGCAAUGUCAUUGACUAUGGACAUUUCAGUAAAUUUGGCUAUCCUGAGGAGAGCUCGGAUGGCUAUGCAAGUGAACACCAACCUAAAGAGUCACCCAAGUAUGGGAGGGAAGUCUCUGGACCUCCAUUUAGUGGCAUGGACAUCACAAAGCCUCCUCAGCCAUGCCAAGCAGCUUCAGGCCCUGCAGAAGUUCCAAAGAUUCAGAAACCCCCACCAGUGGAUUCAAGACACACUAAGAUAAUCCCAGCAAGACCAUCUGCUUCCCAGUCUAUCCUGCAACUUUCCAGUCGACCUCCUUCACAGAUGCCGCCUCCUUCACAGAUUCCUCCUCAGCUAUGUGUUCGUCCUCUGAUGACCAUCGAUGAUAUCUCCAGAGGUCCAAGCUCUAACUGGAUCCCAUUCCUUUCACCUCCAAUCAGCAUCCCUACUCCAAAGAGACUUCCAACUCCCACCAUGAUGAAUGAUUACUCAGCAGCUACUCCAAGAAUCUUUCCUCAUACAUGCUCUCUAUGUAACAUAGAAUGUGUCCAGAUUAAGGACUGGAUUGAACAUCAGAACACAAAUAUUCACAUUGAGCGUUGUAGACUUCUUCGGAAACAAUACCCUGACUGGAAUGUUGAGGCUGUUUCUGUUUCAAGACCUGAAUCAAAGUCAGAACACAGCAGCUCGAAGCGUCACACCAGUUCUCACUCAUACUCCAGAUCCCCCAGCCCGAAGCGGCAACAUGAUUCGUCAAGUCGGCGUAAACGGUCACGAUCUCGAUCCCGGAGCCCUCAAAGGUACCGGCGCAACAGAAGUCACAGCCGGUCUCGAUCCCCCUAUAGGAACACUCGAGUCAGCCCUUACAGGCGGAGGUCCCGUAGCCCUCCAUCCCAACGGUCAAGGUCUCCAGGUUACAGCAGUAGCAGUAGAUGCUCUCCUGCACGUCGAUCAAGCCCCCGCCGAAGCAGCCCCUCCUGGCAGAGAUCUAGCAGUAGUGAACGACUGGCCAAAAAACUCAUGUCAUCAGCUGAGCUUUCCUCAAUCGCUGAUAGUAAUACUUUGAAGGCCGUGGUGAAGUCCUUGGCACCAGCCCUACUUGCUGAACUAGCCAAGAAGAGAAGCAUCUCCACUACUUCCUCAUCAAAGGGAAGCAGCAGCAGUUGGAGACUGUCUUCCUCUCCUUCUAAGAGAAGUGAACCCUCCUGGUCAAGCAGACCGUCCACCUCAAGGAUUUCCAGCUCUUUAAAGUCUUUGUUUGUACAGGAUGUGAAGCCUAAAAGCAGGGAUGCCCCAGGCACUGCUUGUUUGCUAAGGCUCGUGGGAAUUCCUCAAGGCACUACCAGCGAAGAACUGACUGAAGCCAUUGAACCCUUUGGCAAGAUUUAUACUGCCAUCCUCCUCAAAGCUAUUAAAGAGGCCUCAGUGUGUAUGGAAAGAAAGGAGGAUGCCAAAGCUUUGCUCAACUGUAAGAACCUGACAAUUAAUGGGCAAAUCAUUAAGAUCUGCAUGGAGAAGGAUGCAAGAGAAAAUGAAAGAAAAAAAUCUGAGAAGGCUGUGAAAACUUUUAAAAGAGAGCUUACUACAUCAAAGCCAACCCAGUCAGUGAAAGUAAAAGGUACAAACACAGUCAAGGCACCUCUGUCAGCUAAAGCAAAAGUGUUGCCAAGUGCCAAGAGGUCUCCGGUAACCAAGGCACUCCAAAAACCAAGUGACACUAAAAAGACUGUACAGUCUGCUAAAGCUAAACCCUUUGCUAAGGGAUCAGAGAAACCAGUUACCAAGAAGAUUGUUAAAAAGGCAAUCCCCUGGAGAAAAAAUAUAGUUGUGAUUUCUGAUCUUCCAGAGGAAGUGGUCACUGAGGAUGAACUCACAAACCUUGCUAAACCCUAUGGCUUCAUCUCAACUCCUGUCAUAGCUAUCAUUCAGCAAAGGGCUUACCUGGAAAUGCCUAACACAGUGGCAGCUGAAGCAAUGGUGAAGGCCUACACCGAAACCCCAGCUAAAGUGCAGGAAAAACAGAUAACUGUCAAGAUGAUGAUGCAACCUAUCGACCUGAACUACAUGGAGUCACUUUUCAGAGUACUGAUGGGCAUGAAAAAGUCACCUGAAAUUGUCACAUUAACAGAACGUCUACUCAUCGUUAAUAAUGUGCCAAAAACACUUGAGGCAAUCAAGGAAGUAGAGAACCUGAUCCAACACCAUGGUUCCUACAAGAAGCAUUUGCCUCUGAAUGGGAGGGUGAUUUUUGAAAUGGAGAGUGCUGCAACUGCUAGGACCACCUACAGUCAACUCCUCAAGAUUCGUUGUAUGGUCCAGAACAAUUUGCUUGCCUUCCAGCUUGCCAAACCACUCAAGGUGAAAAAGAAGCCACAAGCAAAAGGAGCUCAACCUCCUGGUAAAUCAGCAGCUAGAGAAGGGAAACCUAAUACCACCAAGGUUCAAAAGCCAGUGGCUGCAGCAACUGCUACUUCAGAAGCAACUCCCACUGAUGGUACUGCUGGUGCCCAGGACAAAAUUACUACAGUUCCCUCUAUCACAACAGACAAAGCUGCCUUAUCUGAUGCUGAUAUUGUUAUGACUGAAGGAGAGGAAAUUACUGCUAAAAGCACAAGUGAUAAUGAAGAUAAGUUAGAAGCUGACAGUGUCACAGCUGCAACUUGUACUGUUGAAAUCACUGCAGGAAAUAAUGUAGUCCCCAAUGAUGUGGCACUUAAUAUGGCUGCUAAUGCAGAAAUAAUUACUCCUGAGAUUAAAGGAGAAAUUGAUCCCCACAAUGAUACCCAAACUGAUAAAGUAGCUGUGGUGAUGACCCAAGAAACUGAGUCUGUGAAAACAGAGCUUGAGGUUGCAUCCUCAAUUCCCACCGCUGAAUCUGCAGUUUCAUUUAAUAAAGCUGAUCAGACAGAGGCUUCACCCAUAAACAAUCAGAAUAUCCUGAAAGAUGAAGUUGUGUCCAAAGAACUGGUUCUUACAUCUGUGGAAGAGAAAGCAAUUGACAAAGAGAAGUUGGCAAAAGACAGUGAUGUCAAGUUUAAGUCAGAGAUGGAGAUUGUUGCUUCAACAGCUUGCAGUCGAGAAACUUCAGUAGAGACCAUGGAGACUACCAAGUGCACUGAUGACAUAGAGGGCAGUUGUGCACCACAGGAGAAUGAGAAUGACCUUGAAUCAACUGAACAUUUAGACACAGAUAAUAACCUUCAACAAGUGAAUGACCUUAAACCAACUGAACCUUUUGAGACCGAUAAUAACCCUCAACCUAAUGAUCAAACCCAAUCUGAUGAGAAGCUUGUCCUGUCAGCCAUUGCAUCUGACUUUAUUCCAACCUCAGAUCCUGCUUCUGAACUGCCUUCCUCUUCUGAUCAAACUGUCAGUGAUUCAGCUGUCAAUGUUACACCUGCCUCAAACAGUCCCCAAACAGUACCUGAGCCCUUUGAUGACAAGACACUGGACUUUCCUCCAGUUACGCAGGAGAUUUUGAAGGCGCUUGAAUUAGCUGUUCAUCAGUGUCGCAUGCAGUCUUCAUUAAAACAUGCUGAACAUGAAGCUAAACAAAAGGCUGAUGCAGAGAUAAAAGCUGCAGAGAAAAUGACUAACACAUUUCCAUCAUCCUCAAUGGCGGCCACAUCAAAUAAAUCUGCUCAAGUGGUUAAGAAAAAAACUCCAACUGAGAGCAAAAGUGUGCCAUCUGAGAAGGAGAAAAAACCUCAGAAUUCCAGAACUAGAAGCAGGCAGCUGGACACCUUGUGCCCAGAAGCAGCUUCUAGGCACAGGAGCAGGGGGAAUUCUGAAGAAGAUUCCCCUUCGACUAGGCGUUCCACGUCAUCAUCCCGGAAGGGCAGGCACGAGCCUAGUCCCCCAUCAAAGAGAUUGAGGGGACAUGAUGAUGAUCGCAAGAGUCAUAGCAAAAGCUCACAUCCCUCCAGAAGUCGCUCAAAAACAAGUACAAUUGUAAAGGCAAAAGAAGAAGAGACAGAAUUAUCUGAGGAACCGUUUCUCUUUAACAUUGAUGAGUUUGUGACAGUCGACGAAGUAGGGGAUGAUGUGGAGGAUACAGUGACCUCAAGCUCUGAGUCUUCAGCCAAGGGCAAGAAAUUCCAGGAUGAACCCAAUCCUCUCUCCACCAUCUCUUCUAAUGCAAAGUCGACUCCAGCUAAUAAACCAAAACAGAAGACAAGGUCUAGAUCUACAACUAUCAAGACUAGAUCUUCUGAGACCAAGGACCCUGAAGUUAUUGACACUGCAGAUAAAAUGGAAGCCAAGACUGAAGAAACCAUGCUAGUGGCAGAGGAUGUAGAAUCUCAAAAGCAGAAAGGGAAUGAGCCUCUGGAACAGAGUGUGGAUAACCAACUGGAAACUGUCACAGUGGAACCUUCUAUUGUUGAAAGUGAGAGUACACAGCCUUCUACUGAUCUAGAAACUUCAGGUUCUGCAGAGGUGGACCUCAGUGUUCAGACAGAGACCUUUUCAAUCAUGAAAGAAAUCGUUGACAUUGAGCCAACCCGGCCUGUUUCUUCCUCCCCUGUCCAUAAGGAAGGCUGCCAACAAGCUUCUACAGAAAAGUCAUCAGAAAAUGCAGGGUGGUCUGAAUCUUCUGCCCCAGAAAUGGAAGAUGAGGCAACUGUGAUGUCUGAAUUUCCCCUCCAUGAUGCUAUGGUGACUCUUGAUGAGGUUAGUGAGGGUGAGGAGGAUUUUCCCGAAGAAGCAGAUGAGAAACAGCAUUUAAAGGAUGGUGAAGUGCCUGAGGCCAUUUUGACUGUUGAUGAAGUUGUAGAUGAGGAACAUGGGGGUGAAGAAUACCAGUUGGACAAAGAACUUCAAGGUCUGGUCACACUUGAUGAGAUUGUUGAAGAGGAGGAUGAGGAGGAGCUUGAUUCAUUCAACCCUGAGACUCUUGUAACCCUGGAUGAGGCCAAGGGUGAUGAUGAGGAGAUUGAGGAAGUGGAGCAGAGUGAGACCAAGCUUACCGGUCCCAACCAGAGGAGGCCAGAGGAGCCUGUGCAAUCACCAAGCCAUGAGGAAGAUGCCUGUGACCUGGAAGAGCUUCGUAAGAUGAACUUUGUAACUGUGGAUGAAGUAGGGGAAGACGAGGAGGAACAGCCACCCAGUGAAGAGGUCAAGGAGCAGAAGGUAGUAAAAAAGAGAGCUACAAGGUCCAAAAAGAGAGCUCGGCAGACUCAAGUGAGAAGAUCCACAAGAGGAAAAAGAGAGGCAGCAAAGAGUGAAAACAUGCCAGAUGAGCCUGAGAUGAGUGCAGAGGAUGAGCCAGCACCAACUGCUGCCAAACCUGAGAGUCCAUCUUUUGCUUCAGACCCCGUAGAGCUUAAAAAGCCAGAAUCCCUAAAGGCUGAAUCCGUGAGAGUUCCAGAAUCAUCUAGCACAGGGGUUGUCUAUUCAGAGGAGUGGACUGGAGUCAAAGAUGAUGACAACUCCAGAAAGUCAGAAAGAGCUGUUGUUGACAUGCCUGAUGAGGACAAAAAAACAGCAAUCAAAGAAGAAUCUGAACAAAGGCAAGAGACAGAGCUGAGCGAGGAACCUAAGGCCAAGAAAUUUCGUUCUUAUUCCCCUGUGAUUGAAGAUGUCCCCUUGCCCCCAUACAGUCCAGACAAAUCAAUUGGGGUUGACUUUGUGGUGCCCAAGACAGGUUUCUUCUGCAGACUUUGCUCUCUAUUUUAUGACAAUGAGGGAACUGCAAAGAAGAGUCACUGCAGUAGUCUACGGCAUUAUCAGAAUCUGGAGAAAUAUUAUAAGAAGCUCAAGUCUCAGCAGCAGGGUGGCACAACAUCCAGUCAAAGUUCUGCAUCUGAGUAGCCCAUUUAAAUGUUUUUGUUUUUGUAUUGAUGUUAAUUGAUGGGUUCAAUAAUUUGGUUUAGUUUUAUUCAUUUUUCUUGUUUAGGAUGACAACGCUCUUGCUAAAUAAAGAAAACAGAACAUGUACUCUGUCUAAAAUAUCUAUGUGUGACUAAUUGUGAUUAGGGCUGGGUAUUGAUACAGAUUUCCCGAUUCAAUUCCAAUUCGGUAUCGAUUCAUAUGGGUAUAUUUGAGUUAUAAUGUCUCUUGUCUACUUAUAAAAACAGUUCUAUCCUAGCAAAUGCUGUUAAUUAUUAAGGGGACCUUCUAACUAGUUACAUUAUGAAAAUAUACAUUUUACUAAUUAUAUUUUAUUAGUUUUACAUCAUUUUGGUCACCUUUUAGCUUUUAAAUAUAAACAAAUCCAUGUAUUCAA